AUGCUUAGGCUACCGUUAUUCAAUAUUUUACUGCUGCUGAAUAUCCUUGGACACGGUGCAUUUGGGGAAGAGAGUGCAUUCAUAAGACACAGUCAAGAAGUUCACAACUUGAUUCAGUGGCUGGAAUCCGCUGGUGGGUUUUUGGAUUCCCGUGUGGAAAUUCGACGAUUGGAUCCGGAAGAUCCAAGCUCCUACUUUGGUGUGUUUGCCAAUGCCCCAAUACAAGAAAAUGAGAUAUUGAUGAGAAUACCUGGCGAAUUAAAGAUUCAAAUAGUUGAUGAUGGCAAUGACUGGGAGUACGAUGAAGAAGUAUGUGAACUCAGUUGGAUGUUGAAAGCGGAAUUCGAAAAAGGUGACAAGAGCAAGUUCCUUCCUUACAUAAACUACCUAAGGACGCAAGUCGAAGGUCAGAUUCCGGGAGCAUGGUCAUCAGCAGGCCAAGGUCUUCUAUUGAAGGUCCAAGGAGGCUUGCGAAUCAAUGGCGCUUAUGAGGAAGAAGAACCGUCAUCUAUUGUCAGCUGGCUCCGAUCCUAUGCCGAGGAAGAAUGCGCAGUCGGUGACGAGACUCUGGAUCCCCAUUUUAUUGCUUUGACUGUACAGCGUGGAUAUGACUCGGCUUUGAUUCCGAUUUACGAUAUGUUGAACCACUCCAAUCACCCUGAGAAAGUAAAUACCAUGACAGAUUCUUCGCUUCAUGACUUCGACGACGAAUUCACCGUCCAGGCGCUACGACAUCUGAAGGCAGGCGAAGAACUUCACUACGCUUACCAUGAUACGAGCUCUGACGAAUGGGGAACACCAGAAAUUCUUCGUGACUUUGGAUUUGUGGAAGGAUAUCCGCAUACGUUUCACAUAUCCGAUGGUGUGACCAUUGUUGUCGAUCAAGUUGAAUCCGAUGAUGGACAACUGGAAUAUGUUGCCUCAUGCUUGAAUGAAAACUGCCCAGAAAGUUCUUGGAUAGAAGAAAAAGUCCAAGCGCUGAUGGAAGUAGAAGAGAUCCUUUUGCCAGAAGUGGCGAUGGCGAAGUUGCAAGUUCCUCCAAGAGAGCUUGCAAUUAUCAAGGAAUAUCACCAAGCUUUGCUUGUGGCUUUUUCUUCAAUAUCGUCCAAGUGCCCAGAUCCGGAUACGUAA